ACCUUCAAAAUACGUGAUUGACAUUGAUAUGAGAUUCUUUGACUUGUUCCUGGCGGACUACUUACGAAAUCUCGUCAAAAACAUCAGCCUGCCUUUGACUCUGAGAAACAGCAUCAAUGUCACAGAUAUCGACAUGACUACUGUGUGUGGAUUAAAUGGAACAGAAUAUGAGUGCAAGUGUGAGGAGAAUCAUGUUUGGCCCAAUGACACCUGCAGGGCCUAUCAGGUGUGUGAUGGCAUUGUGGGAGGCACUUGUGGAUGUAUUCAAGCUCUCCCUUCAGACGGUCCACUUUGCCAGAGAGACAUCAAUGAAUGUAAAGAUGCAGUGUCAGUGUGUGGUCAAUACUCAGAUUGUAUUAACAUCAUUGGGAGUCACAUGUGUUCAUGCUGGAGUGGAUUUAAUACCUCCAAUAAAGACAGUCCUGUGAGCCGCAACAACUCAUGUCAGGAUAUAAAUGAAUGUCUGUUCAGUUCAUCUGUAUGUGGUCCAAAUUCCAUCUGCACAAAUGAAGUGGGAAGUUACAAUUGCUCAUGUCUGGAUGGAUUCACUCCAACAAACUCAAGUCUCCCCAUCAGCAACAAUAACACAUGUACAGAUGUGCAGGACUGUCUUGAGACAUUGGAGGUCUGUGGUCCAAACUCUCGUUGCACUAACUCAAUUGGGGGUUACAACUGUUCCUGCUUGCCUGGAUUUACUGUAACAAAUAGGAGUCAAUCAGUCAGCACCAGUAACCCAUGCAAUGUGGCUCUACCUUUGACUGAAUAUCUGAUUGAAAUUCAGAUCAAUAGCAUGGACAGUAGAAUCACAAACCAGCUGAGGAACCUCCUGAUGUCUUUCAGUUUGCCCUACACAAUCAGUGACAGCACUAACAUUACAGAAAUCAACAUAACUACUGUGUGUUCACUGAACCAAACACAGUAUCAGUGUAAAUGUGAGGGUCUGUUUGUUUGGCCGAAUGACACGUGUCACUCAUAUGAGGCCUGUGAUGUCAUCACUGAUGGUUCAUGUACAUGUAUCAAUGCCCUUCCAAUCGACGGACAGUUCUGCCAAUUACUACCUUCUAAAUACGUGAUUGACAUUGAUAUGAGAUUCUUUGACUUGUUCCUGGUGGACUACUUACGGAAUCUCGUCAAAAACAUCAGCCUGCCUUUGACUCUGAGAAACAGCAUCAAUGUCACAGAUAUCGACAUGACUACUGUGUGUGGAUUAAAUGGAACAGAAUAUGAGUGCAAGUGUGAGGAGAAUCAUGUUUGGCCCAAUGACACCUGCAGGGCCUAUCAGGUGUGUGAUGGCAUUGUGGGAGGCACUUGUGGAUGUAUUCAAGCUCUCCCUUCAGACGGUCCACUUUGCCAGAGAGACAUCAAUGAAUGUAAAGAUGCAGUGUCAGUGUGUGGUCAAUACUCCGAUUGUAUUAACAUCAUUGGGAGUCACAUGUGUUCAUGCUGGAGUGGAUUUAAUACCUCCAAUAAAGACAGUCCUGUGAGCCGCAACAACUCAUGUCAGGAUAUAAAUGAAUGUCUGUUCAGUCCAUCUGUAUGUGGUCCAAAUUCCAACUGCACAAAUGAAAUUGGAAGUUACAGUUGCUCAUGUCUGAAUGGAUUCACUGCAACAAACUCAAGUCUCCUCAUCAGCAUCAAUAACACAUGUAGAGAUAUAAAUGAGUGUCUGUUCAGUCCAUCUGUAUGUGGUCCAAAUGCCAACUGCACAAAUGAAUUGGGAAGUUACAAUUGCUCAUGUUUGAAUGGAUUCACUGCAACAAACUCAAGUCUCCUCAUCAGCAUCAGUAACACAUGUAGAGAUGUGGAUGAAUGUGUUGAGAUGUCAAACAUCUGUGGUCCAAACUCAAUCUGCAACAACACUAUUGGGAGUUACAAUUGCUUGUGCAAGACUGGAUAUAAUGUAACAAACCCAAACCUUCCUAUAAACAGCAAUAACACAUGUGAAGAUAUAAAUGAAUGUCUGUUCAGUCCAUCUGUAUGUGGUCCAAAUGCCAACUGCACAAAUGAAUUGGGAAGUUACAAUUGCUCAUGUUUGAAUGGAUUCACUGCAACAAACUCAAGUCUCCUCGUCAGCAUCAAUAACAUGUGUAGAGAUGUGGAUGAAUGUGCUGAGUUGUCAAACGUCUGUGGUCCAAACUCAAUCUGCAACAACACUGUUGGGAGUUACAAUUGCUCGUGCAAGACUGGAUAUAAUGUAACAGACCAAAACCUCCCUAUAAACAGCAAUAACACAUGUGAAGAUGUGGAUGAAUGUGCUGAAAUAUCAGAUGUCUGUGGUCCGAACUCAAUCUGCAACAACACUGUUGGGAGUUACAAUUGCUCGUGCAAGACUGGAUAUAAUGUAACAGACCAAAACCUCCCUAUAAACAGCAAUAACAAAUGCAAAGAUGUGAUUGAAUGUGAUAAGAUACCAAAUAUCUGUGGUCCAAACUCAAUCUGCAGCAACACUGUUGGAAGUUACAAUUGCUCAUGUCUGGAUGGAUUCACCGCAACAAACCCAGGUCUCCCUAACAGCAUCGACAACAUAUGUACAGAUGUGAAUGAAUGUGAUAAGAUACCAAAUAUCUGUGGUCCAAACUCAAUCUGCAGCAACACUGUUGGAAGUUACAAUUGCUCAUGUCUGGAUGGAUUCACCGCAACAAACCCAGGUCUCCCUAACAGCAUCGACAACAUAUGUACAGAUGUGAAUGAAUGUGAUAAGAUACCAAAUAUCUGUGGUCCAAACUCAAUCUGCAGCAACACUGUUGGAAGUUACAAUUGCUCAUGUCUGGAUGGAUUCACCGCAACAAACCCAGGUCUCCCUAACAGCAUCGACAACAUAUGUACAGAUGUGGAUGAAUGUGAUAAGAUACCAAAUAUCUGUGGUCCAAACUCAAUCUGCAGCAACACUGUUGGAAGUUACAAUUGCUCGUGCAAGAGUGGAUAUAUUGUAACAGAUCCAAACCUCCCUAUAAACAGCAAAAACACAUGCGAAGAUGUGGAUGAAUGUGAUAAGAUACCAAAUAUCUGUGGUCCAAACUCAAUCUGCAGCAACACUGUUGGAAGUUACAGUUGCUCAUGUCUGGAUGGAUUCACCGCAACAAACCCAGGUCUCCCUAACAGCAUCGACAACAUAUGUAUAGCUGUAACAACACCUACUACAACUACAACUACAACUACUACUACAUCAACUACUACUUCUACUACUACUACUACUACUACUACACCAGUACCACCACCACCACCUGCACCUACAACAGUUCUUCGAAUGUCAAUGAAAAUAGAUGAGGUUUUUGAUACCAGUCUUGAAGACCCCAAUAAUGAGAAGUUCAAACGUAUUGCCAGUACAAUUGAGGGAGCAAUUGAACAAAAUUACAAAGACGUGGCUGCCUAUGAAAAAGGUUCAGUAAAAGUGACCCGUAUCAGGCCUGGUAGCAUUAUAGCAGACUAUGAAUUUAAAUCAACAACCAGCAGCCCCAACAGCCCUGAAUUUGCAGAAGCAAACAAACAGGUUGUCAGCACUCUCAUAUUUAAAGGACUUCCUGUAGCUGUGAACGCUUUCACUGAAAGUGUACAACAAAACCUGACCACUGAAAAGUGGUAUCCUGAGCAAAAUAUGGUGCUGAAAUGCACACGCCCACCAUCUACGGAGGGAACAAUGAGAUGGACAGUGAAUGACCAAGAUACCCUAGAUAAAGUUAAAUACGUCCUUUCACCUGACAGUAGCACUCUCACUGUGAACAACGUCAAUGAGCGUGACAAAGGUCGAUACGCAUGCAUCAUAGAAAGGACAAUACCUUACAUUCAAUGGCAAGAUAUAGUUAUUCAACCACAACCCAAUAUCAUAGUUGGUGAAAAUGUAAGAACAUUCGAGUGUGUAGCCCAGACUGUUUCACUGAAAUGCUGUGAAGAAAAGAACAGUGUGGAGUGGACCCAGAUAACUUCUGAUGAUGUAGUGACUACAGUGGAUGGAUGCACAACAUUACAACAUACAAUCAAAAUUGAAAAUUGUGGGGAAAAUACCUUUAUAUGUCGACUCAAGAACCCAGCGCUUCAAGUUGUUACCUACGGCAGUAAAAGUGUUACUGUUAAAAGUGUCAAACAAGCGUUUAGCUGUAAAGAUGAAACACUUGGAGAUGGAAUGGAAGGUCAAACUGUAAAAGGGCCCUGUGAAAAAGGCAAAGAAGGCACCAUAAUAUAUAGGUGUACAUCAGGUAAAUGGGUGCCUGAAGAGUCAAACUGUGUACUACAAGUUAUCAAAAACCUUGAAAAGGAAGUUGAGGUCUUGGUGGUGAAGGACAUACCAGUAUUUGUGUCUCAGCUUAGUACUGCUACAGUGAACAAUACACAAGAGAUAACAGCGUCUCCUGUGACUGUCCAAACUAUUGUUGAAAUACUUGUAAAGGUUUCUGAUGUUUCAAAAGCAAUUAUCAUCAGUCAGCCUGUGAUGGAGAAUUUCCUUAAAACAGUGGAUAUCCUUGUUUCAACAUCUGCUUUUAAUACAUGGAAAGAUUUGAACGAUGACAGCAAGACAGAUAACACCAGCACAGCACUUCUGAGUGCUAUUGAGACUAUAAGUAGCCGUCUCACAGAUGCCAAUUUUAGGAUUAUUGAAACAACAGUUGAGUUAAAUAGAAAUGUGACAGACAGCACCUCAUAUAGUGAAAUAUCAAACCUACCAAACUCAACUACCGAGAUUGAGAUACCUGAGAUUCCUAUAAACACUUCUAUAACCGUCAUAGUCUUCACAAGUCUUGACAGCGUCCUACCUACUCGAAAUACUACGAAUACUAAUAGUACUAAUAGCACUAGCCAAUCAGAUGUUCGCAUCAAUGGAGAUGUGGUUGUAGUAAAUGUUGACAACAAAACAAAAAUUAACAACAUAUCUUUUGCAUUUGACAUUACUAAUCAGUCUUUGGGAAAUCCUCAGUGUGUCUUUUGGAACUUCGAUCUUGACGCGUGGGAUUCCACUGGAUGUAAAGUAAAGCCCUAUAUAAGUAACGGGAAUGAAACUGGCAAGAUUACAUGUGAAUGCAACCACACAACCUCUUUUUCAAUCCUAAUGUCACCAUUUUCCAUUGAUCACAUAGUCUUAGCCUAUAUAACUUACAUUGGUGUAUCUGUCUCAUUGGCCAGCUUGAUUAUAUGCCUAAUUAUUGAGACUAUCGUAUGGAAGUCAAUGACAAGAAAUGACACAUCUUACAUGCGACAUGUCUCCAUAGUCAACAUUGCCGUGUCCCUGUUGAUCGCAAACGUCUGUUUUAUCAUUGGAGCUGCGGUCGCAGAAAGUGAGCAGCCAACCUCAGCGAGUCGCUGCAGUGCAGUGGUUUUCUUCAUGCACUUUUUUUACCUGGCUCUUUUCUUCUGGAUGUUAAUUUCAGCGCUGUUGCUCUUUUACCGUACAGUCAUGGUCUUGUCUCAAAUGUCAAGGGCUAAAAUGAUGGUCAUUGCCUUCAUAGUCGGUUAUGGUGCGCCUUUGCUCAUAGCGGUCAUCACUGUCGCAUCAACAGCUGGACCUCAAAAUUAUACUUCAAAAAGAAAUGCAUGCUGGCUGAACUGGUUUGAAUCAAAGGCCCUGCUGGCAUUUGUGAUUCCAGCUCUCACUAUUGUAGCCAUAAACCUUCUGGUUUUGAUUGUGGUUCUGUACAAGAUAUUGAGGAGAGGAGUUGGUGACACAACUCAACCAGAUGAGAAACAUGCCCUGAUGGUCAUUGCCAGAUGUGUGGCCAUUUUGACUCCUAUCUUUGGUCUAACGUGGGGAUUUGGAAUUGGAACCAUGGUGUCACAAGAAUUAGGCAUUCAUGUGGUGUUUGCACUCCUCAAUUCACUGCAGGGAUUCUUUAUUUUGGUGUUUGGAACGCUUUUAGAUGGCAAGAUCCGUGAGGCUCUGGCAGGAAAACUGUCACUAAGGAACCUUACCAGCUCUAACCGUACCAGGAGUACCAGUGCAGGACCGUCAUCUUCAACUGGACUGGGUUUCUUUCAAAGGAGGCGGAGAAGAAAUGUGUACAACGUAUCUGAAGCCAGCGCUUUCUCUGGAGUUGCAUCUUCAAACAGCUCCAGUGGCUCAGAUGCUUUUGGAAAUGCAUAAUCAGCUACUUCAUCAACUAUAGUCUACUUAAUUAAAUGUUAAACAGCCUUUUCCAAACAAGUUUUCUACACUGCAACUAUACAUAAACUGCAGUAUCAGUUACUGGUUUCUGGGAAGAAGUGUUUCUGUGUUCUGAUAUAUUUAUAAAAAAUGGCUUAUAAUCUACAGAUCUAAUGUUUAAUCAAGGCUGCAUUUUAAUAUAAUGCUGCAGCUGGCAUGAUUGCCUGCACUUUCAUUUAUAACAGAAAAAUAACAUCAAUAAUAUCGAUCAGGAGAAAUAGCUUUAUUUGUUUUCUGAAAAGUGUUUUUCUUUGUCAUUUAUCAUGCUGUUCUGUGGUGAUUAUUUAAAAUAAAUAAA